AUGGGCAGUGAAUUCCUAAGCAGGCCUAUUCCUCUCAGUGGGGAAGCUCUCACAGAGACUCUCAGAGAGGUGAGGUUUUCUAAGAGGCUGACCCAAUGGACCCUCGGGGGUAACGGAGGAGCGGAGGGGUCAGAGUCCACACACUGCCUGCUGGCGGAUGAAGGGAGGCUGUGUGUGAAGUCUCUCAAACACAUUAAUGCGUGCACACGUCCCACAGACCCGUUAUCCUCCCCUGGUGUUGGUGUGACAGGCCCCACAGACCCAACAUCCUCCCCUGGUGUCAGCCCCACAGACCCGCCAUUCUCCCCUGGUGUCUGUGUGACAGGCCCCACAGACCCACCAUCCUCCCCUGGUGUCAGCCCCACAGACCCACCAUCCUCCCCUGGUGUUGGUGUGAAAGGCCCCACAGACCCACCAUCCUCUCCUGGUGUUGGUGUGACAAACCCAACAGACCCACCAUCCUCCCCUGGUGUUGGUGUGACAGACCCCACAGACCCGUUAUCCUCCCCUGGUGUUGGUGUGACAGGCCCCACAGACCUGUUAUCCUCCCCUGGUGUUAGUGUGACAGGCCCCACAGACCUGUUAUCCUCCCCUGGUGUUGGUGUGACAGGCCCCACAGACCCGUUAUCCUCCCCUGGUGUCAGUGUGACAGGCCCCACAGACCUGUUAUCCUCCCCUGGUGUUGGUGUGACAGGCCCCACAGACCUGUUAUCCUCCCCUGGUGUUGGUGUGACAGGCCCCACAGACCCGUUAUCCUCCCCUGGUGUCAGUGUGACAGGCCCCACAGACCUGUUAUCCUCCCCUGGUGUUGGUGUGACAGGCCCCACAGACCCAUUAUCCUCCCCUGGUGUUGGUGUGACAGGCCCCACAGACCCACCAUCCUCACCUGGUGUUGGCCCCACAGACCCGUUAUCCUCCCCUGGUGUCAGUGUGACAGGCCCCCACAGACCUGUUAUCCUCCCCUGGUGCCCCACAGACCCGUUAUCCUCCCCUGGUGUCAGUGUGACAGGCCCCACAGACCUGUUAUCCUCCCCUGGUGUUGACCCCACAGACCCGUUACCCUCCCAUGGUGUCAGUGUGACAGCCCCCACAGACCCACUAUCCUCCCCUGGUGUUGGUGUGACAUGCCCCACAGACCAACCAUCGUCCCCUGGUUGUGACAGCCCCACAGACCCACCAUCCUCCCCCAGACCCCAGCAGACCCGUUAUCCUCCUCUGGUGUUGUGUGACAGCCCCACAGAUAUCCUCCCCUGGUGUGGUGUGACAGGCCCCACAGACCCACCACCUGGUUAUCCUCCCCUGGACUACCCAUUAUCCUCCCCUGGUGUUGGUGUGACAGAACCCACAGACCCGUUAUCCUCCCCUGGUGUUGGUGUGACAGACCCCACAGACCCACCAUUCUCCCCUGACCCCAUAGACCCACCAUCCUCCCCUGGUGUCAGUGUGACAGACCCCAUAGACCCACCAUCCUCCCCUGGUGUCAGUGUGACAGGUACAGCAGACCCGUUACCAUCCCCUGGUGUUGGUGUGACAGGCCCCACAUACCUGUUAUCCUCCCCUGGACUUGUGACAGACCCCACAGACCCAUUAUCCUCCCCUGGUGUUGGUGUGAGAGAACCCACAGACCCGUUAUCCUCCCCUGGUGUUGGUGUGACAGACCCCACAGACCCGUUAUCCUCCCCUGGUGUUCGUGUGACAGGCCCCACAGACCUGUUAUCCUCCCCUGGUGUCAGCCCCACAGACCCACCAUCCUCCCCUGGUGUCAGUGUGACAGGCCCCACAGACCUGUUAUCCUCCCCUGGAGUGUCAGUGUGA